AUGACAGGGCCUCUGAGAGUGCAGAUGCAGACGCCUAGUGGCCCUAAUCUUCCGAAUGCGAGGUCUCCUGAAGACGAUAUCAGUCCUCUUACCUUCUAUGAAUCCCUUCAACGUGAUCGAAAGAAAGAUCCAUCAUACCGGUGCCCUGAGCCCAACAUGGCCCAGCCGUAUGUCGAAGCCGAAUCGAAAACCAGUGCCCCAUUAUUCACUGCACCCCGCCCGUUUAUUGCACUGGUUCCUACUCCUGGUCAUUUUUUUGUACCUCUGAAUCUCGUGGUAUUAUUUGUUUGGACUCUACCCAUUGCAACCCUCAACUCAAUGAGAGAAGAUCUGCUGCCACCAAAAGAGUUUCCCCCAUACCAUUGA